AUGAACGAUAAAAGGGCGCUAAUUUCUUAUUUAUUGGGAAAAGGAAUUAAAAUACGUCCACAAGCUUUGGAUUACUUGAUGUCUUAUGCGCAGCAUAAAAACUAUGACAGUGAAGAACAGCUUGAUGAUAUUAUUUCUGAUUUAGGCAAGUUUGAUGUGGUAGAUGUAGAUCAGCUGCAGUCUGUAAUUCAGGAAACUCCAAGCUCGGCUAUAAAAGAGUCAAAAGAAAUCGUUGUAAUUGAUGUGUUCAAAGAUUUGCCUACCUCUUUAAAUUGAUAAAAUAAUAUUUCAAAGGGGUCUAAAUUUUUAAUAAAUAAAUUUAUCGAUACUGGUAUUUUUAAGUAGAAAAUAUUUAUGCUUUUCCUUUAAAAAAAAUAUAAUAGAUUUUUAAUAAACUGGGCAUUAAAGCUACAUAGAAUUUUUAUUUUUCCAAUUUAAAUGGGUUUUAAUCGACCCCUAAAUAGGAAUUUUCCUAUAUUUUAUUCCAGUUAAAUCUGGGAGUAAGUAUAUUUUUAACUCAAACGAAAAAUUUGUCCCCGCAUCUCCUCCAUCAUUUUUAGGCGCGCCAUUAUCAAAACAUAUGAUGUACAGAGAAAGAUUUGCAAUAGCACGAUCUAGAAUAAAAAAACACAAAACUUUUAACCCAAGUUUAAACGAAUCCGCAAUCCCUUUCAGUGAAGUAGAAAGUCUAAUCGGCUGUAACAAUGAAAAAAUCAUAUUAGGAAUGCUUACUAAAAUAGACGGAAAAACUUGGUAUUUAGAAGAUUUUAAUGGAACUGUAAAAUUAGACAUCUACGAUGUAGAAAAAAACUCUGGAUUUUUUUGUGAAGGCUGCAUAGUGCUUGCACAAGGCAGACAUGUUGAUGGGGUUUUAUAUGUCAGUUGCAUUGCCCAGCCUCCUGCAUGCAGUAUUUAUGCUGAUGUUGAUAUUUUUGGUGGGGAAUAUUUAAUUGAGCAAAGAAAAGGAACAGAAAGCUUAUGAACAUGUCAAUGGCCGGAUAACUGUGUUAUUGUGGCUUUAUCUAAUGUACAUUUGAAUGAUCCUAGAGUAAUGAGACUUCUGGAUAAGCUAUUUGCGGGAUAUGCUGCUUUUAGCAAUAUUUUAUUUGUUUUGAUGGGUAAUUUUAGCUCUGAACCACAAGCAAAUCCUUAUAACCACAAAAAUCUAUUUACAAAUUUAGCUAAUUUGAUAGGAAAGUACCCAAAUUUGCAAGAAAACGCUAUGUGGGUGUUUAUCCCAGGCCCAAACGACCCUGGACUUGGGCUGUUUCUUCCUCACUCCCCCCUCCGUGAGUGAACAAAAAAAAAUUUUGUUCACUCACAGAGGGGGGUUAAUUUUUUUUUUUUAAAAAAAAAUUAUAUAAAAAAAUAUUUUUUUUCGAAAUUUAAAAAAAAUCCUAAUUCGUAAAAAUUGGAAAGCAAAAUAUUAAUUUAAUUUAUAAAAUUUAUGUUUCAAAAAGCAAUCCGUUCAAAAUUAAAUAGAAAUUAGCUCUAGAUUUCAUUAUAUUAAUUAUCAUUUAUAUAUCAAAAUUUUUUUCCAUAAACAAUUUUUGUUCACUCACGGAGGGUGGGUUUUUGUCAAAAAAUAGCGAUUUUUCUAAUGGUUUUUGUUCACUCACGGAGGGGGGGGGGGAGUCAGCAAAAGCUGCCAAACAACCUGACAGAGGCAUUUGAGUCUUUAAAACACUGAAAAUCCUCAAGCAACCCCACAAGAAUCCUAUUCUGUGGUAAAAAAUUAAUUUUUGCAAAAAUUGACCAAUUGCGAACCCUUCAGCGAAACAGUGCUGUCGAGCCCAAUUUUGAUGAAAAUGCAAACCCGGAUGCUCAUUUAGCUCAUACUAUCCUUAAACAAGGCCACCUAUGCCCUACUCUUCACACUCAAGUUCUCCCUGACUACGACCAUACCUUAAGAAUUGAAUCCCAGCCUGACCUUAUCUGUCUUGCCGACAAUACCCGCUACUUCAACUACUCAAUCGAUGACUCCAAAGUCGUAAAUCCAGGCCACUUUUCACGAUACUCCACAUUUGUCGCGAUAUCAGGGAUUUCCCUCAAAGUCCAGCUGUGCGAUAUAAGUGAAUAA